AAUGCAGAAUUUGCCGACUCAUUCUUGAUCACAGAACCAUUUACUCUCAUUCAAGAUAAACAAUUAAUAGUUAACCGCAGGAAAGUGACAGAGGGUUAUUCAGCAAUUAUACUAGAGAAAGGCCUUGUGGAGAAAGAACAUAAUAGAUGUAAAAAUGUCCGAGAGCAAAUCUUUCUUUUUGUGACUGAUUCCAAAAAGCGUAAUGAUAAGACCUAUAAGGACAACGAGAUUCUAAUAACGGAAGAGGAAAGCAAGAAUGUGUUUGGAGAUUUGUUGGCGCUUAGGAAAUUGUAUUGA